UUUCGAGGCGGGUGGCAGUCAGACCUCCAGCAACGCGGCCACAUUGUGAAGCUGCCAAACUCUCUCUAGUGGUGGAAUCUGCAGGUCUCCGCCAGAAAGGAGAUGGGAACGCGAAGGGAAUGAUGGCCCCGUCCUUUUCCCCUUGCUAGUGUUCCACACGCUUAGGGACUCCCUGCCUCUCCUUCCACCUCAGUUUUCAACCCGGUGGGUUAGUGAUUUGGGUGGAACCAAGAUUUCCGUGUGUGUGUGUGUAUGUGUGUGUGUGUGUGUCUGUGGUGCACAGGUAAAGCUGGAGCUGGAACUUUUUAUUUGAGCAGGAAGAAGAAUGGAGGCAUUUUACAGUGUGCUUGCCGCUCCUAGCUGAAAGAACAAUUCUUGCACAUUUCUGAUGUUGCUAGACUCAUUUUCUUUUUUUCUUUUUUUUUUUUUUUACCGAAGAGCCAACCUGCAAUUUAGGGUUGUUAGUUGUUUUAUUUUCUCAAAUCCUGUAAUGCAGGAUUGACACUAUAGAGAUAGAAAUGACCCUUUUGCAAAGUUUAUUUUCCCAGUCAUUUCAAAAUAUAGUAUUGGUUAUUACGGCAGAAGCUUUUGGCCGCGAUUUAUGAUUACACUAUUAAGUUUAAUGAAUGUGUCACAGAAUCCUCAGUGUUUUAAUUAUGUAACUGUGAAUGCAUUAUAAACUUAAAAGUAAAAUGAACAGGAUGGAAUAUAAGAGUUAAUGAAUACAGAGACCUGUUAAUUUGAUAACAAUUGAUGUAUAGAAUAUGCUUUUGCUAACAGUAUAUUUAAUUGCAAAUGAAAGUGUUAGUAACUAUUUCAGUGUAUAAGAUAUAUUUAUUGAUAUUAUAUAACAAUGAAUUUGCUUAUUUUCUUUGUAUAUUUCUGUGUAUUUUGGAGAGCUAUUAUAAAAUUAACUCAAAAGUACUUAAUAUGGUUAGAGUAAUAAAGCUUUAUGUACAGGGUUUAAAAUUUCUUUGCUGAUUUGUAGCUGGGGGUGAGGUGGGGGAUCAGCUCCUUUCCUCCAGGGAGAACUUUGAUUUUGUCACCAGCCUAUCAAAAUGAGUACCUGGUUUUAAGCUUUCCCAAAGGUUAGCCAAUUCCACUGUGUACGCCUGUCCCAUUUUGAUGAUACUUCCUAAGAGACAAAUUUCUUGUAAAGGCUGCAUGUUGACCUUUAGUUCCACUUACUGUCGGUCAUAUUUGCAGUGAAACUGAGUAUUUUUCUAAAAGUAGAAGGAUGACACCACGUGAUAAGAAGAUAUUAGUAACCUAGGUUUAAUUUUUACUAGCAGAAAUGGAAAGAUAAUGAGUGCUACACUUUAAGGGGGUGGAUUGCUAUUAAAAGAACUGAUACUAGAAAGAGAAACACAUUUUUGUCUUACUGAACGAAUUAUGGGUUAUCUUACCAAGUUGGCAAGGUUAAUGGUUUGUUUGUAAGGUUAAGGAUGGUUUCAGAAAAGUCACACCCUAGUUAACUCUUCUUAAAAAGUAUUGAUGACUUAGUUUUUGCAAGUUGCAAAUGGUAAAGUAAGAAUAUUUGAAAGAAACCUCUAAGAUGAGCAUCUAGGUGCAGCUAAACAUUUUGUUUUCAUUGUUGUGUUGUACUUUGACAGUUAAGCCAUUUUAUUUCUGCUUAGUGUUCAGUUAAUAUUCCUCCAGAGAUGUUUUGGUUCAUCUUUUACUUGUUUUUAGUGGUCUUUGAGACUAGUGGUUACAAAAUGUUUUCACUAUUUUGAAAGAAUUUUUAAAAAUUGAUGUUUUUUUUCCAAGUGCUUUUCCAUUAUUGGUCUCUUCUUAAAUAGCCACUCUGAAAAUACUACCUGUUUCUUUUUCUUUCUCUUUCUUUCUUUCUUUUCUUUCGUAAAAAUGUUUUGGUGGGCUUCAGGUUAGGGCCAUGAAAAAAAUGAAAAUAAAUGUUUUGGUAGCUAGAAUUAGAACUCACAGCUUCUUCUGUACCAAUUUCUUUGCCUAAAAUUUGUCUUUUCAUAAUAUAAACUUUAAUGAUGAAUGAGAUUUUUAUUUACCAAUAUUUGAAAGGGCUAUGUGCAGGUCCUCAUAUUUAUAAUCUUAUGAUUUGUGAUAGAUGUUGUUAAAUUUUUUCUUACUGCUGUUUUGUUAGUGAUCUGUGCUGAAGCUUGAGAUUUACGACUUUUUUGUGUGUGUACGGAUUUUGUGUGGACAUAAACAUUUCCAAAUGGAGCUUUGUAUAUUUUUGGGAAAGCCACUCCCUUUUCUGGGUUCCUAGUGCCAUUCAGGUUUACUGUUAUUAGAAGGAUUUAUUUCCAUGUCUGGCCUCCCCUCUGACCCAGUCUCAGGCCAUCUCUUUAUAUGUGCACCAGUGCCUGCAUAGUGUGGGGAUAUAUAAUAAGACUCAAGAAACAUUGUUGAAUGACUGAAUAAGUGAAUACCUAAGUGGGUACACCCGAAGAAGAACUCAGACCUGUAUGGGAAUUCACUGUUCAAGCAGAAGGGUGUUUCCCUUUUUAAAAAAGUCAUUGCCUUUCCAUGUUACUUUUGAGUAGGAUAACAAUUAAAACAGUCAAACUGAGACACUUUUGAGAGUUAAAGGGGGUUGCUUUCAAUAAUUAUGCCAGGGUAUUGACUAUGAAUUGAGAUAUAUUGUCACUCUUCUUUUGAAAGUCUUUCUUAUUUACCUGUGAUAAUAACUAUCACCUGAGAAAUUCAAUACAUUUGGUAGUUAAUGUUUGCAAACUUUUCUAUUUGUAGAAGCUCCACUUGCAGUGAAAUGUUGGGUGUCUUUUGCUUAGUCACCCAUGACUUUCUUAUCCAGAAGUCUGUGGGCAGCUCUUGGCCAAUGCUUAGUUUUUCCUAUUUUUAUUGCUUAUGGGAUAAUGUCCCACUGCAUUCUGUUUCAGCUUCUUAUAACUGGAGGCAUUUAUUAUAUCCUGUAGCCUUUGCUCUAUUUACUUCAGUCUUUGUUUUUAUGCAGCAUUUAGUCUAUCUUCUAAGAAUUUCACAUGGAUUCCUUUUCCUCUUGCUGACUGUUUUGGAGAGGAAAUCUGUUGAUAUCUUUCCAAGCCUUCAGUGUUCAGAACAUUGGCCAAAAUCAGUUGCAAGCAUUAGAGAAUUACAGAUUUUUAAAGUAGUCUAAAAAUGUGUGUUAUUUGAAAGAUACAUGUUUUGGGAAUUUUUAUAUUACAAUCUUUUAAUUGUUAUAAGUGGGAGAUGGGGGUAGAACCCUUACUGUAAUUUUGUAGUAGAUUUCUUUAUGGGUUAUGUCUUAAAGAAAAGGUAUAAUCUUAUACUAGUUAGUUUCUGGUCUUGUUCUUUUUAUUUUUCCCUCUUUUUCACCAUAUGCCUCUGCCUCCUCCUCCUCCGCCUCCUCCUCCGCCUCCUCCUCCUGCUCUUCCUCCUCCUCCACCUCCUCCUCCGCCUCCUCCUCCUACUCUUCCUCCUCCUCCCACAAAGCAGGAUGCCGAGUCAAAAUUAGAAAAAGUGAGAAUGUAAUGGAGCUCCUGCACCUUGGUUUUUCUUGUGUUGCUCCCUUGGACAUUGUGUUUAUAUUCUAUUUUUGGCUUGGCACUGGCAUAAUAGGAAUAAUCAGUUACUACUCUUUGUUUACUAUGAAAUUACCAACCAUUUCCUAGAUUUACACAUCAGCUCCAGUGCAAGAGUUGGGUAAUGUCUUUAAGACUCCUCUGCUUUCAAAUCCAGACUAAAGUUUUAGUUGAUUUCUUUCUUUUGGUGUUGAAAAAGAAACUCUUUGAAAGUGUAAAUAUUUUUCUAAUGCAUUUAAAAGCUUGAAAAGAAGAAUAUGUCACCAAAUACACGAGGCAAAUUAUAUGAAAGUUUGAAUGAGAUUUAAGACUGUCAAAACUAUUCUUUAGGAUUAAGACAUUCAGAUAUUUCUAAUGUUCUUCCUGCUUGUUUUUCAAUUGACAUUUCUAAAAGUAUAAAUGAAAUCUAUCCCACUUUGUGAUAGAUGUAGUCUUGAGAAAUAAAGUGGAAAUACAUAACUGUAUUUGAUAUCCAACCAUAUAACCAGACAGUAUUGGUUGAUACCUUUUUUUCUGUCGCAUAAUUUAUGAUUUUAGAAAAUAGAAGCUCAUAGGCAAAAGAGUCCAUGAUUCAGAGGGAUUUUGUAUAAGACUUUCCACGAUGUGCCACCAAAUCCUAAUAUUUUUCAAGUUGGAAAUAACCUUGCAGCUAAGUAGUUCCCCCAACCAUUUCACAAAUGAGGCAAUAAAGCUUUUAGAUAAAGUGCCUACCCAUACACUUAGAAUAGAAUUUCACUUAUAGAAAUUACUUGAUAUACAUUUUGCAGGAUCGUGAUUAUUGUGUAAAAGGCUAUACAUGUUGUCUUAUCAUUGAACAGAGGCCAGAGUAGUAAAGUAAAUGAACUUUGGAGUCAGACCAAUUGGGGUUCCAAUUCCUGCUCUGACUCUCAUGUAUACCUGGAGUAGAACAGAAAAAUUAUUAUGUCUGUGUUCCCUUGGGACUCAUUGGAAAUUGUACAGUGACAUCUUCUGGGAUUUAGUCUGGAUUGUGCAGACUGGUGCUUAAAAUGGAAGUCGAUAUUAAUGGAGAGUCUAGAAGUACCCUGACCACCCUGCCCUUCCCUGGGGCUGAAGCCAACUCCCCGGGAAAGGCGGAGGCAGAGAAGCCCCGCUGCUCCAGCACACCCUGCUCCCCGAUGCGGAGGACCGUGUCAGGCUACCAGAUCCUACACAUGGACUCUAACUAUUUGGUUGGCUUCACGACUGGCGAGGAACUCCUGAAGUUAGCUCAGAAGUGCACAGGAGGUGAAGAGAGCAAGGCAGAAGCCAUGCCAUCCUUACGCUCCAAACAGCUAGAUGCAGGACUUGCCCGUUCCUCUCGUUUGUAUAAAACCAGAAGUAGGUACUACCAGCCAUACGAGAUUCCAGCUGUCAAUGGCAGGAGGCGAAGGCGGAUGCCAAGCUCAGGAGACAAGUGCACUAAAUCUUUACCUUAUGAACCUUAUAAGGCCCUCCAUGGGCCUCUGCCUCUUUGUCUUCUUAAAGGUAAGAGGGCUCACUCCAAAUCUCUGGACUACCUCAAUCUAGAUAAAAUGAUCAAGGAGCCAGCUGACACAGAAGUGCUACAGUACCAGCUUCAACACCUAACCCUCCGAGGGGACCGUGUGUUUGCUAGGAAUAAUACAUGAAUGACUUGGAGAGAGCUUAAACAAGUUUAGGUCAGCCUUCGCUUGGCUAGAAAAAACCCACUGCUGUACUCUGUACAUGACUCUUCACACUAUAGAUGGUUAUAUCAGCUAAGUGUUCCUGGAACAUAAAAAUUGUUUGGAUCAAAUUUGAAUACAGGAAUGAAAUCAUAGGUACUUGGGGGGGAUAUCAUUCUAGAGCACGCAACUGCAAAGAAAACAGAAUGUUGACUGAUAGUUUGUAUAGCUUUUUAGCUAGGAAAAAAGGCUUUGGUACAGUAAUUUCAUCUUUAUGAUUCUGACACUCAAAUUGGGAAUGUUAUCUGCUUGGUUGUUGCUGACUUGAUAUGAUUCAUUAGAAAUUUAUAUCUUAAGUACUCAAGUACUUCUUGAAUCUCUGUAUUUUACUAUAAAAUGUAUGUAAUGAUUUGUUUUAUGAAAUUUAGAACUUGAACAUUGCUGAAUUGGACCACUUUUUAUUUUUAAAUAUUGAGUUUAAAUAUUUUAUAACUGGUUUUGCACUGAAAAAAUUAACAUUUCAGAUUGACAAGAGAGUAAUCUUUCUUCACUUGCCUCAAUAAUAUUAUUGAGCAAUGAAUUUUUUAUUUCCGCAUGGAAAGUUAUUGAUCUCUAUGGCUGUAAAAUAUUUCUUUAUAGCGUUAUUAAAGUGUGUCUUAAUAAAAUUAAAUUUGGGAUACAAAGUAUUUAUUUUACAAUGGGUGGGCGGGGGAAGCUUUUCCAGAAAGUUUCCAAUAUGACGUUUUCAUAAGUUGAAAAAACUCUCCUUAGUGCUUAUUUUCUAACUUAAAAUUCACCUGGAACUUUAAAUGGGAAAGGAUUCUUUUAAUUGUGGAUUAUAGGCAUAAUACUGUUUGCAUCUGAAUUUUCUGUAAGUGAAUAAUAGUUUAAUAGAGGAACUCAUGAUUUGUACUAUCGAAUGAUUAAACUAAGUAUGAAGUGAUACCAUUCAGCAUGGCAUCAGGUCAUUGCAGUUUUAGUUCUGUGCAACACAAGCACUCACUGAAAUUCCAGUUUCUAGGAUUAGUGUAGGAGCCUAACGUGCUUCUACUGUUUUAAUGGGUUAAUCCCGGAUUACUUAACAAUUUAUGUCAAUCGCACUGGUUUAAUUUGUUGCUAAAGAAAUAAUGCCCUGGCUUUAGUAACAAAUACAGCUCAACUAUUCUUGAAUAUAUUUUGAAAAAAAAAUGUGUGUAACUUACCUUUUGUAAACGUUCUAUUUCUUUUUUCCCCCCAUUUUUGACUCUUAAAGGUGCAAUUUAUUACUGAAUUGGGAUUUCUGGCAGCAUAGAACUGCUUUUUAUUUUGGGGUCUGUGAGUUUCUUAGGUGUUAGCAAUCUUGCUUAUAAAAUAAGAACACCUUUUAAUUAAUGAGUGGGUCAUUCCUGGUGCAAUUGUGAUUUUUCUUUAGCCAGAAUGAAUGGCAAACUCUAUUUAGAGCAAAGUAAGUAUUAGAAAACCCUAGGAACUCUUAAUCAACAUUUAUUACACUUUCAUCAAGGCAAACUAUGUGAAAGAGCCUUGGGGAAGUUGGCCCAUAUCUUACUGAGUUGAUCAGAUUUCUCGUUGGGCUGGAAAUGUUUAGCUGUUGUAUAUUUUAAAGUAAAUUGCACCUUUGUAACAUAUUGUAUUGACGAAUGAUCACUAAGAUUAGCUAUAUCUAUACAGUCAUCAGUUUGACAAGAAAUAGAAUCCUGUCAGAUGCCAAAGAGUGGGAUUUUUACGUUUAAUGAUUAAACACCAUUAUUUAUUGACAAUUUACCCUGUGGAACUGUAUUAUUUCUAACUAUGAAAUAAAGGGGUGAUGUAAACACA